CGGUGACAGGCUCUUAUACUUCUCCGGUUUAGUUUUUUCAUCAAUAUUGGAACGAAAAUGCCGCUGACCAGGAGUAACAAACGGAAAUUGAUGUUGGAGGAAAACAAUGAUAAAGCUCCCGAAAAGUCGAAAGUGCCCAACAAUGAGCUGAGUCAAAAGCCGAAGGAGGGAACAGCCCCAUUGAGAAGCCUUGAAAAUCCCUGGCGAGGGCGGAUGGCUCGUUAUUAUUCGAAGAGAAGCCAGCUUAUAACCCCCGAGGAAGGGGGCCAAGUGAUGAAAUAUUUAACUGGAAAGGAGAUAGCAGAGUCUGCAUUAUGCGAAUACAACAACAAACACGGAACCGACUUGGAGUUUGUGAGGGUUUUGGACGGCAAGGAAACGCUUAUCAUUGGCCCCGGUUGUCGUCUUGACUUUGCCGACGGCAGUGUGGCCAGUGAUCCUAAGUUAUUGUCUGAAGAUGAUGCUGUCAAAUUGUCACAAUUUGCAUUGAAGGACUACAAUGAGGAACAUGGAACAAACUUGAAGUUUGAAAGGGCUUUCGGAUGCAACAGUUUUACUUGUGCUGGUCGUUUAAUGGACUUCACCGAGAAGAGUACACGUUUGGUGCAUGUGAACUUUGAAGCAAUGGUGGGUGAGAGUUGCAUGGAAAGAAUACGCCUUAUGUUUGCGGAGCUCUAUUUAGGGAAUGAUGACAAAUACGUGCUUGCUACAUUGUUACCCGCGGAGCCUAAAGAACAUCGGGAGAAGACGAAUGGAUGUUGGCGAGAUGGUUACCCAGAAAUCCCUGGCCAAAGUUGGCGACGAACGCUCGGUCAUCAGGCUCUUAUACUUCUCCUCUUAAGAUUUUUCAUCAUUAUCGGAACGAAAAUGCCGCUGACCAGGAGUAGCAAACGGAAAUUGUUGAGGGAGGAAAACAAUGAUAAACCUUCCGAAAAGUCGAAAUUUCCCAACAAUGAGCUGAGUCAAAAGCCGAAGGAGGGAACAGCCCCAUUGGGAAGCCUUAGAAAGCCCUGGCGAAAGCGGACGCCUCGUUAUUACUCGAAGAGAAGCCAUCCUAUAACCCCCGAGGAAGUGGGCCAAGUGAUUAAAUAUUUAUCUGGAAAGGAGAUAGCCGAGUCUGCAUUAUGCGAAUACAACAACAAACAUGGAACUGACUUGGAGUUUGUGAGGGUUUUGGACGGCAAGGAAACGCAUAUCAUUGGCCCCGGUUGUCGUCUUGACUUUGCUCACGUUCAUUGUAUUUGGAGACAUUUGAAUAUUGAGGCCAGGCGGCGCAGUGUGGGUCCUGGUGAUGAAAAACCACUUCUUUUAUUUGUUGAAUCAAUUAAAACUGAAGGAACAUAUGCUCUUUCUACAAUGUCACUUGUUGCGCCUACAGAUAAGUGUAAUGCCACUUUAUAUCAUUGUGCUGUUGAGUCACUUUUUUAUUCAUAUCUGUUAUGUCAUGUGUGUGGCUAUAUUUGCAAGCACCGAUUACAACUAUAUCUGAGAGAUGCUUUGGUUCCAUUCUCUUCUAAUGGUUGUCAGAAAUGCUGUGUGGCCAGUGAUCCUAAGCUUUUGUCUGAAGAUGAUGCGGUCAAAUUGUCACAAUUCGCAGUGCAGGACUACAAUGAGAAACACGGAACAAAGUUGAAGUUUGAAAGGGCUUUCGGAUGCAACAGUUUUACUUGUGCUGGUCGUUUAAUGGACUUGACCGAGAAGAGUACACGUUGGGUGCAUGUGAACUUUGAGGCAAUGGUGGGUGAGAGUUGCAUGGAAAGAAUACGCCUUAUGUUUGCUGAGCUCUAUUUAGGGAAUGAUGACAAAUAUGUGCUUGCUACAUUGUUACCUGCGGAGCCUGAAGAACAUCGGGAGAAGACUAAUGGGCGGUGGCUAGAUGGUUAUCCGGAGAGUGAAUGUGCCAUCUGCCCAAACGAGAUCCGUCAUCCAUGGCGUGCUUAUCGUUAUUGCUUCAAUUAUCCACCCAAUAGGUUGGCGUGGCCCGUGCCUUAAUGUGAUGCUUCUGUAAUGGCUGCUCUUGUUAUUUUUUGUAGCUUUUAUAAAUAUGGAAGUUGGAAGGGCUAGUUAUAUGUGAUGUUGCCGCCAUUGAUGAUGAAGACGAGACCGCCAUUGCAUAUUUGAAUAAAUAUGACCGUCUUCGGGUUUAGUCGGUUGUGAUGUCGCAUUAUUAUUCGUACUCUUUUAUUUUAUUUUCUGAAAUAAUUAGUAUUUUGAGGUAGAAAAAUAAUUAUCUCGCAAUUGUGGGGCAAGAUUAGGAAGUUCUAUUUUCCUUUUCAUUUAUAUGCUGUUGGAAGGGUGAGGGACUUUUAGUUUUUGACGAUUGAAAAAUUUAUCUUUUUUGAGAGAGCAUCUCAUCUUUUAUCAGUUCUUGAGAGAGUAUCUCAAUUUAUCUCCCGUUCGUAUUACGCUCUACAUCAGU